AUGCUUUACCAGUUUUUAUGCUUCCUGUCUGACAGUUUGCUUUCUGUUUCAACUGAAAAUAUAGAUACUUGCUUUAUAAGUGUUGUUCAAACGCACGUCGCCAUAUCUGGUAACCUUUCUUUUGCGGUCAGUCUAAUCCUUGCAAUACGCACAGCUUCCAAAAUAUCUACAUUUUAUUGUCUUUCUCGGAUUGUCUUGAUUUCCCUCUUCCUCUUUCUGCAUUGUUUGCUCUCUUUCCCUUGUCUAAUUCGAUCACUCCCUCUCACUCUCUGUUUUUAUAUUGUUUAUUCUUUUUUUCUAUAUCUACCGCGAUGUCUCUCUCCCUCUCUUUCUCCCUCUCUUUCUCUCUUUCUCUCUCUUUCUCCAUUGUUUGUUCUUUUACUCUAUUUUCCUCAAUUACUAUCCUUCUCUCUUUUUGUUUUCUUUCCUCUUUUUCGUUUUUUCACCUUGAUCUCUUUCUCUCUCUCUCUCUCUCUCUCUCUCUCUCUCUAUUGGUUGCUCUCUUUCUUUGUCUACUUUGGUCUCUUUCUCCCUCUCUCUUUCGGUAUCUCUCUCUCUCUCUCUCUCUCUCUGUAUUGGCUGCUCUCUUUCUUUGUCUACUUUGAUCUCUUUCUUCCUCUCUCUUUCGGUAUCUCUCUCUCUCUCUCUCUGUAUUGGUUGCUCUCUUUCUUUGUCUACUUUGGUCUCUUUCUUCCUCUCUCUUUCGGUAUCUCUCUCUUUCUUUCUUUCUCUCUCUCUCUCUCUCUGUAUUGGUUGCUCUCUUUCUUUAUCUACUUUGGUCUCUUUCUUCCUCUCUCUUUCGGUAUCUCUCUUUUCUUUCUUUCUCUCUCUCUCUGUACUGGUUGCUCUCUUUCUUUGUCUACUUUGGUCUCUUUCUUCCUCUCUCUUUCGGUAUCUCCCUCUCUCUCUCUCUCUCUCUCUCUCUCUCUCUCUGUAUUGGUUGCUCUCUUUCUUUGUCUACUUUGGUCUCUUCCUUCCUCUCUCUUUUCGGUAUCUCUCUCUUUCUUUCUUUCUCUCUCUCUGUAUUGGUUGCUCUCUUUCUUUAUCUACUUUGGUCUCUUUCUUCCUCUCUCUUUCGGUAUCUCUCUCUUUCUUUCUUUCUCUCUCUCUCUCUCUGUAUUGGUUGCUCUCUUUCUUUGUCUACUUUGGUCUCUUUCUUCCUCUCUCUUUCGGUAUCUCUCUCUCUCUCUCUCUCUGUAUUGGUUGCUCUCUUUCUUUGUCUACUUUGGUCUCUUUCUUCCUCUCUCGGUAUCUCUCUCUUUCUUUCUUUCUCUCUCUCUCUGUGUACUGGUUGCUCUCUUUCUUUGUCUACUUUGGUUGCUCUCUUUCUUUGUCUACUUUGGUCUCUUUCUUCCUCUCUAUUUCGGUAUCUCUCUCUCUCUCUCUCUCUCUCUGUAUUGUUUGCCCUCUUUCUUUAUCUACUUUGGUCUCUUUCUUCCUCUCUCUUUCGGUAUCUCUCUCUUUCUUUCUUUCUCUCUCUCUCUCUCUGUAUUGGUUGCUCUCUUUCUUUGUCUACUUUGGUCUCUUUCUUCCUCUCUCUUUCGGUAUCUCUCUCUCUCUCUCUCUCUCUCUCUCUCUGUAUUGGUUGCUCUCUUUCUUUGUUUACUUUGGUCUCUUUCUUCCUCUCUCUUUCGGUAUAUCUCUCUUUCUUUCUUUCUCUCUCUCUCUGUGUACUGGUUGCUCUCUUUCUUUGUCUACUUUGGUCUCUUUCUUCCUCUCUCUUUCGGUAUCUCUCUCUUUCUUUCUUUCUCUCUCUCUGUGUAUUGGUUGCUCUCUUUCUUUGUCUACUUUGGUCUCUUUCUUCCUCUCUCUUUCGGUAUAUCUCUCUCUCUCUCUCUGUAUUGGUUGCUCUCUUUCUUUGUCUACUUUGGUCUCUUUCUUCCUCUCUCUUUCGGUAUCUCUCUCUCUCUCUCUCUGUAUUGGUUGCUCUCUUUCUUUGUCUACUUUGGCCUCUUUCUUCCUCUCUCUUUCGGUAUUGCUCUUUUUUCUGUGUUCCUCAAUUACUUACCCCUCUCUCUUUCUGUAUCAUUUCCUCUUUUCUCUGACUACCUUCAUUUUUUUCCUCUGCGUAUUGUUUGCUCCCCCUCUCUAUCUACUUCUAUCACUUUCUUCCUCACUUUUUUCAGUAUUGUUCGCUCUUUUUCUUUGUCAUUCUUAAUUACUUACCCCUCUCUCUUUCUGUAUCUCUUUUUCUCUCUCUAUGGUGAUCUCUUUUUUGGCAUCUCUCUUUUUAUAUUGUUUUCUCUCUUUCUCUGUCUACCGCUUUCCCAUUCUUACCGUUUCUCUUCCCCAAACACUAUUUUAUUCUUCUUUUUCCUCUCUCUUUUGUAUCUCUUUUUAUAUAGAUUGUUUUAUAGUCUCUCACGACAAACCUAUUUCUUUUUCCUUCUUGUUUUUUUUCAUCUAUAG